AUGCCAUGCGAUGCCAUCCUGAUUGAUGGCAGCUGUGUGGUAGAUGAAGGCAUGCUGACAGGAGAAAGUAUUCCAGUCACCAAAACUCCAUUGCCCAAGAUGGAGAGCGCCAUGCUCUGGAAAACGCAGAGUGAAGCCGAUUAUAAAAGGCAUGUCCUUUUCUGUGGGACAGAGGUUAUCCAAGCCAAGGGAGCGUGCUCCGGGACCGUGAGGGCGGUGGUGCUACAGACUGGAUUCAACACUGCAAAAGGGGACCUCGUGAGAUCCAUUCUGUACCCGAAGCCAAUGAAUUUUAAGCUUUACAGGGAUGCCAUCAGGUUCCUCCUGUGCCUUGUAGGGACAGCAACCAUUGGGAUGAUCUAUACUUUGUGCGUCUAUGUGCUCAGCGGGGAGCCUCCAGAGGAGGUGGUGAAGAAAGCCCUUGAUGUCAUCACAAUUGCGGUCCCUCCUGCUCUACCUGCUGCUCUGACCACAGGCAUUAUCUAUGCCCAGAAGAGGCUGAAGAAGAGAGGCAUCUUUUGCAUCAGCCCCCAGAGGAUCAAUGUAUGUGGACAAUUAAACCUUGUCUGCUUUGACAAGACAGGCACCUUAACAAGGGAUGGUUUGGAUCUCUGGGGAGCUGUGCCCUGCGAUAGGAGUGGGUUCCAGGAAGUCCACAGCUUUGUGUCCGGCAGGUCUUUGCCAUGGGGCCCGCUGUGUGCGGCCAUGGCCAGCUGCCACUCUCUGAUUCUUCUUGAUGGGACCAUCCAGGGAGAUCCUCUGGAUCUCAAGAUGUUUGAAGCCACUACCUGGGAGAUGGCGGUUUCUGGGGACGAUUUCCACAUCAAGGGAGUGCCAGCACAUGCCAUGGUGGUUAAGCCCUGCAAAACAGCCAGCCAGGUCCCGGUGGAAGGAAUUGCAAUCCUGCAUCUGUUCCCAUUCUCAUCAGCACUGCAGAGGAUGACAGUCAUUGUCCAAGAGAUGGGGGGUGACCGGCUGGCAUUCAUGAAAGGUGCACCGGAAAGGGUGGCCAGCUUUUGCCAACCUGAGACAGUACCAACUAGUUUUGUUAGUGAACUUCAGAUUUACACGACACAGGGCUUCCGGGUCAUAGCACUGGCCUACAAGAAGCUAGAAAUGGAUCAUCACACCACUGCCUUCACCAGGGACAAAGUAGAAUCAGACCUGAUAUUUCUGGGAUUGCUCAUCUUGGAGAAUCGGUUGAAAGAAGAAACAAAACCAGUUCUGGAAGAGCUCAUCUCUGCCCGGAUAAGGACUGUAAUGAUCACAGGUGACAAUCUUCAGACUGCAAUAACAGUGGCCAGAAAGUCUGGAAUGGUUUCUGAAAGCCAACAAGUCAUUCUGAUUGAAGCGAAUGAAAUCACUGGGUCUUCGUCAGCAUCUAUAUCUUGGAAAUUAGUAGAAGAGAAGUCCAUUGCAUACAGCAAUCAGGAUAAUUACAUUAAUAUCAAGGAAGAAGUCUCUGAUCAUGGCAGAGAGGGAAGUUACCAUUUUGCCUUAAGUGGAAAAUCCUUUCAGGUUAUAAGUCAACAUUUCAGUAGCCUACUCCCAAAGAUACUGAUAAAUGGAACAAUCUUUGCAAGAAUGUCUCCUGGGCAGAAAUCCAGUCUGGUGGAAGAAUUUCAGAAACUGGAUUACUUUGUAGGUAUGUGCGGUGAUGGAGCCAAUGACUGCGGGGCUUUGAAAAUGGCUCACGUGGGCAUCUCUUUAUCAGAACAGGAGGCAUCUGUGGCCUCACCUUUCACUUCUAAAACUCCAAACAUUGAGUGUGUACCUCACCUUAUCAAGGAAGGACGUGCCGCUCUCGUUACCUCAUUUUGCAUGUUCAAGUACAUGGCACUGUACAGCAUGAUCCAGUAUGUUGGUGUUCUGCUGCUCUACUGGGAGACAAACAGCCUUUCAAAUUACCAGUUUCUGUUCCAGGAUCUGGCCAUCACAACUCUUAUUGGUGUAACAAUGAAUUUGAAUGGUGCCUACCCCAAGCUGGUGCCCUUCAGGCCUGCAGGACGGCUGAUCUCCCCACCUCUGCUGCUCUCUGUGAUUCUCAACAUUCUUCUCAGCUUAGCCAUGCACAUUGUGGGCUUCAUUCUGGUUCAGAGGCAGCCUUGGUAUUCCAUGGAGAUGCACAGUGCCUGCACAGUGCAAAAUGAAAGCAUCUCAAAGUUAACCAUUUCUCCCACUGCUUCAGAAAAAAUUGGAAGUAAUGGUGCCUUCACAAGCUUCGAAAACACUACCAUAUGGUUCUUGGGAACAAUCAACUGUAUCAUCGUGGCUCUUAUUUUCUCUAAAGGAAAACCAUUUAGGCAGCCCAUAUAUAAAAAUUAUAUGUUUGUCCUUGUGCUGGUCAUACAGCUGGGUGUGUGUCUAUUCAUUCUAUUUGCUGAUAUUCCAGAAUUAUACAGGCGUUUGGAUCUUCUCUGCACUCCUCUUCUGUGGAGGGUUUACAUCAUCAUUAUGCUCAGCUCCAACUUCAUUGUGUCCCUUGUGGUGGAGGAGGCCAUUAUUGAAAACCGAGCCCUGUGGACAACAUUCAAAAGGUGUUUGGGCCAUCAAUCAAAAAGCCAGUAUCGGAUAUGGCAGAGGGCCGUGGCAGAUGACCCCAGCUGGCCCCCGCUAAACCAAACGUCCUACUCUGACAUGCCAGAGUGUGGCAGGGGGGUGUCUUACAGCAAUCCGGUGUUUGAGAGCAAUGAGGAACAACUCUGAAGCCAAAGUGAUCUCUAAGGUGAUAAAGCAUAGAAACAAUGACAAAAGGGACCAGUUCAGUAAUUUUCAAACAAUGGGACUCUUACAAAAUCAGCUGGAGUUUUUGGAAUAAAAAAACCUAUCCAAUCACGAUCGCAAAUUCAAGUUUACCUGAUAAAAUACUUUCUACAGAGCAGAACACUGCCCCCAGAAGAGUGCCUUCCUCUUGAUUCUGAAAGUAUUGAUGGUGUUGGUGAAUCAAGAGUGAGCCAACGAUGGCAAUCAGCCCAGAGACUGGGAGGCUAAAGGACAAGGAGAAUAUAUAAUCUCUUUUCUUAGGUAACAUUUUUUAAAUGAAUUGAGAGAAAGUAGCACUAUGUGUAGCCAUAGAAAUGUAACAUGUGAAAGAUCACCUUUGAAUUCUUAUUUUAUUGAUGGAAAAACAAGUGCAUGAGAGCCAUUUUACCAGUCCUCACUGUCUGGUUUCCUUUCCUGCAUAGUACUUUCA